AUGGAGAUCGAGGUGGUGAUCAUCGGCGCCUUGGUGGUCUUCAUGCUCUCCGUGGCCAUCUUCCCUGCACUUUUGCGAUCGAUGCGGGGAGGGGAGAAGAAGAAGGCCAAGAAGGAAAAGAGGGGCGUGGCCAAAUCGCAGAUGUGCCUGCAGCCUGGCUGUCUCCGAUGCGCCUUCUCGACGGAUCCCACCAGUCUGCAGGCAUUCAAGCGGCAUCUGUGGGAAUCUUUCCGCACGCUUGCACAGAACGACCUUCAAGAUGACGACCAACGCCGAACGAUCCAUUCGCGAGUCGGCCCCGCCAUCAAGCAACUGGUCUCUUCCCCAUCUGCCGGAUCCGCUGCGGCCACCAUCAAUCCUGCUCCUUCCCUGCUGAGCCUCAAGGGGUUGGCCUCCAUCAACCUCAAGAGGAAGAGAGGCGAAGAAGAUGAAGGUGAAGCGACUGUCGCCCAGCUCUCGUGGAUCGACCAGCUGCUGCCGGCCAUUCCCCGCAUGGCCGACGAGGCGCGCCGCCUCUGGACCGAACGAGCAGCAGACCUCGAGGGAGAAGGCCGCAACAUGGGGAAGGGGUGGCGGAAGCAGGAGGAGGGUGGUGGCUGCACCGGGUGGAAGUGGGACCUCUGGAACCAGGGCUCCUUCGUCGAGGCCCACGCACAGCGCGCACCCGAAACGGUGCAGCUGCUCGAGCGGCACGCGGCCGAUGGCCUGAUGGUAAACUCUCUCAUCGCAUUGCCCGAUGGUUUUGCGAGUGAUGUAGUGGUGCGACUGACUGAUGCCUCAAACCUCGGUGGUCCUGUGCAGAAGGAGUGUGCGUUUGGGUUCGCCUACUUCCACGCCGUGGAGAAGGAGGACGGUGAUGAUGUCGCAAGUGCUGCUGCUACGGUGGCGCUUUCAGAUCCUGAUGACGCAGGCCUGCGGCUGCGCAACACGUCAAAGAGCGAAGAGCGAACAGGAAAGAACGAAAGCGACGAGAAGCGCUCGUCGAGCGAGAGCCAAGAACGACGCCGGCGCUGUGGUCCGACCAACGCACGGCUGCGCUGCCGCUUCGUUCUUUCAACGAGGCCCGACACCUCCCUACUUCAAGUGGGAGCGACGGAGGAGGCAAAGUGGGAGGCCGGGACCUGCCUGGUGAGCGACGACUCGCAGCCCCACGAGCUGCGGGCCGAGCCGAGCGGGCCAACGAGCGAGCAGCCAGGCGAGGAGGCCAUUGCCCUGGCCCUCGUCGUCGACGUGUGGCAUCCGGAGCUGGCGCCGAUCGAGCGACAGGUGCUGAGCAAGCUGUUCCCCGCCUCCAAGGACGUCUCAUCAAGCUGGCUCGUGGAUUGA